AUGGCUGCACGGGAGGACGGAGAACUCCCGCACGCCAAACUACGGCACCAGGACCGAGCUCCGAGUGUAAACAGCUCCGAGGCUUUCAGGAACGGCUAUGUGAAGAGCUGCGUCACCCCCUUGAAACAGGACCAACAGAGGGGAUUUCUGCUCAACCUCUGCAGCUUUUGCAAUGAAGACAUACUGAAUACAAAAGUGCUCCGGGUCUCCGCUGUUUACGUGGGUGCGUUCGUCUUCUUUGCGCUGUCUUUUGUCACAUCCAGGAGCGCGCAAAGUGACUCGUUCUGGGAUUUGAGGACUUUUGUCUCGGGCGUCUCUCAGUCCCUCAGCCCCCUGUUUAGUGUGGGAUGCGCCUUCUUCUUUUUAACACUUUAUCUGAGGCGGACAAAGAAGGAAAGUAGUAAAUGUUGGCUCCUGUCACUGCCUGCAUCAUGUUACCUCGGGGACUUUUUGGUUUUGCGCUUUCUGCAAUGGGGAGAAGAUCAGCAGCAGAUCCAAAUGGUGGGCAGGUUGUUGUUCGUGUUGGGAUGCGUGGGGCUGCUCACGCUGGUGCCCUCUCUCAAACUUAAACACAGUGUGCUUAUAUUACUCUUCGCCAGUCUUGUUUGGCUCGUUUCUUUCACAAGUUUGAGCGGACUGCCAUUGCUCCUCAGGCCGCUGUUGGCUUGCCUCUCGGGCUUCUGUGGCUCUGUGUUGGGGCUGUGCUUUGAACAUUUCUCCCCGCGCGUAGAGGCGGCCAGCGCGGAAGAGAAGGUGCCUGUGAUCCGGCCCAGGAGACGAUCCAGCUGCGUGUCACUGGGAGAAACCUCCAGCAGCUACUAUGGCAGCUGUAAAAUGCCCCGAAGACCAUCACUGCCCUGUAUUUCACGGGAGCAGAUGAUACUCUGGGACUGGGAUCUGAAACAUUGGUACAAACCACAGUAUCAGGGGGCUGUUAGUGGAAAUGGCGUGGACCUCUCUGUCAUAAAUGAAGCUAGAAACCUGGUGUGCGACCUGCUCCUGGACGCGACCCUCUCUCCGCACACAGUGUCCGUCCUGCGCAGCGUCUCCAGCCUCAUGGGGACUUUCUCUGGGUCGUGCCGUCCGCGGGUCAACCCCUUCACCCCCUUCCCAGGUUUUUACCCCUGCGACGAAAUGGACGACUCUGUGGAGCGGAUGGACAGGAAAUCUAUGAAGGGCCUGAGCAGCAGAAACAGCCUCCCGACUCCCCAGCCACGCCGAAGCUCCACCUCCUCCCCGUCACUCCCUCUGUUCGAAUCCGCCUCUUUACGCUGGGAACGCAGCAACGGGAAAAGGACACACCCUGACCUUAAUAUGACCAGCUCAGGCCUGUCCAAUGGACCCAAUGCAAACCUACUCACCAUUCCUAAGCAGAGAUCAUCCUCCGUCACGCUCACCUACCACACGGGGACAAGAAGAGCAGGCACGUCUCCAAGCCUAAGCCCGGUCACCUCACCCAGCCACAGUCCUCCUGCCAUGGGUCCUUCGUCGCUGGUCACCCGAUCGCCGGUGGAGUUUCCCGACACAGCAGACUUCCUCACCAAACCCAGCCUCAACGUCAACCUGCACAAGCCUCUACACUACUCCUUCAGUUCAUCAGACUUCCAGCAACACAGCCGCAGCUCCAGUUUUCAGCUAUGUACAAGUUGUGGACGCCAGAUCCUGAAGGGACUCCCCAGCAGUGAAGCAAGUGAUGGUAAUCAAUCCUUCACAAGUGACGUCCAGCGAAGACGCUCAGGUUGUGACGGUGUGGAGUUCACAGGAGAGCCGCUGAUCAGAGAGGAGAGUGUGGAGGCCGAGGCGUCCGCAGAGAGUAGUUCGGUUCUUGAGGAGAGAGAGAGCGGCUCAGAGCAGCAAACUCAGGUCACAGAGAUGCGGAGGACAAAGACUGCACAGGGGGAGAAGGAGUUCAGGCUCGACCCGAUGUUGGAGGACCACAACGAGCUGAUGGAGAGGAUGAACACGUGGAACUUUCAGAUAUUUGAUUUAGUGGAUAGAACAGGAGGAAAAACAGGACGAAUACUCAGCUAUGUUACAUACACACUUUUUCAGGACACUUGUCUUUUUGAAAUCUUCAAGAUUCCUGUGCGGGAGUUUAUGGCAUUCUUCUGUGCUCUUGAGAGCGGCUACAGAGACAUUCCCUACCAUAACCGGGUCCAUGCUACUGAUGUGCUCCACGCUGUCUGGUACCUAACCACUCGACCAAUCCCUGGGUUCCAUCAAAUCCACAGUGAGCAUGUGACAGGAAGUGACACAGACUCAGACAGUGGGAUUUCUCCAGGAAGGGUGUCCUACGCCUCGUCCAAGAGCUCAUCCAUAUCAGACGACAGUUACGGCUGUCUGACUUGGAAUAUACCUGCCUUGGAGCUCAUGGCCCUCUAUGUAGCAGCUGCAAUGCACGAUUAUGACCACCCAGGUCGCACCAAUGCCUUUCUAGUAGCCACUAAUGCACCUCAGGCAGUUUUGUACAAUGACCGCUCCGUGCUGGAGAACCAUCAUGCAGCCGCAGCCUGGAGCCUGUACCUGUCACAGCCAGAGUUCAACUUCCUCGUCAAUUUGGAUCAUGUUGAAUUUAAGCGGUUCAGAUUCCUCGUCAUUGAAGCAAUACUGGCCACAGACCUCAAGAAGCACUUUGAUUUUCUGGCUGAGUUCAAUUCCAAGGUAAAUGACGUGAACAGCCCAGGUAUUGAUUGGACCAAUGAGAACGACAGACUGCUGGUGUGCCAAGUGUGUAUUAAAAUAGCGGACAUUAACGGGCCAGCCAAAGUCCGGGAUCUGCACCUCAAGUGGACAGAAGGCAUUGUGAAUGAAUUCUAUGAGCAGGGGGAUGAAGAGGCUCAGUUGGGAUUACCCAUCAGCCCCUUCAUGGACCGCUCGUCACCGCAGCUGGCUAAACUUCAGGAAUCAUUCAUCACUCAUAUCGUGGGGCCGCUGUGUAACUCGUACGACGCGGCGGGCCUCCUUCCCGGGCAGUGGAUCAAUGAGUACAGCUCUGAUGAAGAGGAAGACGAGAGACGGCACGAUUCUGAGUCAGAGGAAGAUGACGAGGAGGAGGAGGAGGAGGAGGAGUUAGAAGACGAGCUGGCACCAAAAAAGAGGAAGAAGCGACGCAGGUUGUUUUGCCACAUAAUGCACCACCUGACAGAGAACCAUAAAGUGUGGCAGAAAAUCAUUGAGGAGGAGGACAAGAGCAAAGAUAAGCAGCCAGCAGAGAGCUUGCUGACCAGCUUACCGCCCAGCCUUCCCCCCUCUUCAUCAGAUGACAUCCAAGUCAUCCAGGAGGAAGAAGAGGGCGAGGAGCGGCAGUAA